AUGGAAAGACAGAGGCCCAAAAGACGUUGUGAACGAUCUGUUUCGCUCAGUUCGGCAUUGAAAAAACCGAACAGCCGCGGCGACAAAAAAGUUGUGCAUUUUGCCGACUCUUUAGGAUUGGAUUUGGUUCACAUUCUACCAUUCCAUCAGCGGGCUUACAUAACUCCUGUCAAGCCACAAGAAGCGAUCCGAAAAAUCAGCACUGUUACACCACCUUCAUCAACGUAUUUACAUUUGCUUUUCACGACAAUCGGGGGUUAUGCGUGGGAGGAUACCGGAGUAAAGAACAAUCGUUUAAUUGAGAAAACUUUUCGAAAUGGUAUUUGUUUGAAAACGGUGGAAACUCGAGGAACAAAUAUUACUGGAACUAUUGCAGUUGUUAACUAUGAAUAUGCAAAAGAGGUUUACGUGAGGUAUACCUUGGAUAAUUGGAGUAGUUACAUUGAAGUACCGGCAGUAUACAUAUACAAGAAAUUUGCUGACAACAUCGACAUGUUUUCGUUCUCAUUGUUUUUACCACAGAUGUUACCAGUUGGUGCUAAGUGCGAGUUCUGUCUAAGAUACCGGUGCGGUGGCAGAGAUUACUGGGAUAACAAUGAUACCGGCAACUAUGUCGUUGAGGUGCGUUCGUUGAAUUUCGAUCAGAAUGACGAAGACGAAGGCAUCUAUGGUUUAAGAUAUGGCUCGAAGAAGUGGCUGUAA